UUUCAGAAGUUUUUGGUUAUUUUUUGGCAAUUUUUCAAUAACUUCAAGAUUAUGUAUUUUUUGGCAAUUUACGAGAAACUUUUUGGAAAUUUUUGGCAAUUUUAACAACUUUUUGAAAUUCGCUAUGAAAAUAGCAAAAUUCACCCGAAUUAAUGCUCAUCAAGUACAAAACUGCAACAAUGAAAAAAUCGCACAUGAACGGAAAAUGGAGAAGGUCUUCGAGUUUUUGGCUGAGGAUAAAAAGACGUUUGAAGCCAGUAAUAGUUUUGAACGCACACUAAUUUUCUGCAAACACGACAAAUCGGCAAUGGCAGCUCUGCUAACACUCUACGACAGCAAAACUAUAUUCGGAACGUUUUCGGAAUAUCUAAUAACAAAUGACAAAACUGUGCUGGAAAGAGAACGGGUACAAGUGAAUAAUGGAGAGAAAAUGCUCGCGAUUUGUAAUAUGGAUUUUAUGGACGAUUUUCAGUUGGGGUUGGCUAAGCAUUACAUCUUCCUCGAUUUCCCACUAAAAAUCAUUGGAAUCAAGAAAAUGCUCGAUCGGCUCAACACAAUGGCUCAGCAAUCGGAGCAAGUCAUCGAUAUUGAUUUUUUAACGACAAAUAUGGAUGCACGGAUCUACCAGGAAGCUCUGAACAUGGAGAUGACUAUGAGAGGAUCCCAAGUCCCAAAGUGGCUGACGGAGCUGGUGAACGGAUCAUCAGAGCUGCCGGAGGAUCCUGACGUGAUCUUUGUGAGAACUUGCAAGCCCGACCUAGAACCACUCACGGCUAAACCUGCAAAGCUCCCGUCACCCCGGCAACCGGAAUCCAAGCCAUCCAACGAAGCUUCAAGCUCCCAACUCGAGCCCACAUCAGCAUCACAGCCCCCAUCUCGAGUCGAUCAGAUCUUGAAGUCAAGAUCAGGAUUACCAACAAAGGAUGCAGACAGCUCCUCCGAAGUAGCUCCACGAAAACGGAAGCCGAAAUCUCCGGCAUUUGACAUUUACAAUAUGAAGCGCCAACCCGAUGGGACUUUUCUCAUACCGAGCCACGUCAUGGGCUUCUGCAAUGAGGAUCUCAGUGAAGAUGAUGAGGAACCGGAUCCGGAAUAUGAUUCGGAGGAAGAGUAUAAUUGGAUGUAUAAAUUGGAUGUUUGGUAAUUUAUGGAUCUCUUCUUUUUCUUGCAUGACAACGUUGAACCCAAGAAUAAAUGUGUCUGAAUGGU